AUGGAUAAACUCACAAACAUGUUCUCGAAUCUGCUCCCACCCCAGAUGAGGGAAUAUGCUGAGCAGGUCUAUCGCGAUAACAUGUCUGCUCAGAACGCCAAUAUCCGCGUCAUACCCCCAGACCCUAGGACAGAAGGGGGACCUCCUUUCGAUGGGAUCGAUGAAAGUGGAGGCAUUGAUAACGUCCUGAAGCAGAUGAUAAACUCCUUUGCAAAGAACCAAACCCCGAGAUUUCCCAUUCCACAAAGGUUGCAAUGCGCAAAUGUCGAGGUCGAAAAAUACAAGGCUUGCGAUAAUCCAGGUACGAUGGCUUGCAGUGGCUGUAAAUUGGUUUCCUAUUGCUCCAAGGAAUGCCAGAAAUAUCAUUGGCGCGUUCAUAAGAGAGAUUGCAGGGAUCCUAUGCUGGCUAAAGAUUGGAAGCCAGCUUGGAUCAUCGAGCAUCGUCACGCCUCAUUCCUCGAUGCGAUAUCGCCAUCUGAGGAUUUCCUUCGGAAACAAAUGGACGAGUUCUCAUCCGGAUUAUUUUUGUGGGGAAAUAUGCCCGCAAUAGACGUGCUAAAUUUACCCAAAAAUGAAAAGGACUUAACGACAAAUUUUUCGCUUGCGUUCAUUGCCUCAGGAGACCUUCGACAUGUCAUCCGAACUGUUAACUCCCUUCCUUCCGACUUUUCAGGAAAUCUCAACAUUUUAAUCAAUGAUUGUUGCUUGCCUAUCGUGUGCCGCAACAUAAUUUUGCUUCUCAUCUUGGGGACAAUUUCGGAUGAACAUUUGGCUGCCGACGUUGCACUCCAUUUCUGGUACUCUACGUUCAUGCCCCACGAAUAUCGGAUGAGAAUCUCAGCCAUGUUUACUUCGCUGAUUUUACCGCAAACCACGCCAGGUAGCCUCAUGAUCGUAUGUUCCUGCCCCUUGGGUCGCAAUUCGACCAUAUCAUUUGCCCUUCCCAACGAGGCAAUGCGGUACUUCGUUCACUACGGCUCUAUGGACACCUCUAUCAGUCAAAUACAAGACGAAUAUGACCGAGUAAGGAACGCGCCUUCACGCCGCGAUUUUCAUGAGCGCAUGUACGCAAAACUGAAGCCUCCCCACCGUGUCGCCUUCCACGAAUUUCGCCGCUUCGGUAUUGUACUUCCGUUUGGCGCAUUGAACGCUCACUUCAAUGUCCCGAAUCUCUCGCUAUUCUCGUUCGAGGGAAGGUGGCUUCAGACAGACUACGCUGACCCCCUCGAAGGUUGGGAUUUGGGCGAAGUCACGGAAGUCGGAAAAGCGCAUGGGGCAACUCCCCAAGACAUAUAUGGCUGUCUCUACUUCUUCCUUACUGCGCAGCUGCGUACUUUUCACCAGCGUCUUCGACAAUUUCCAGUCACGUUUAACGUUUAUCCAGUGGAUGCCCGCGGUCUCUCAAAACUCCUGCGUAAUGAUGAAAUUCCGGGAUUGAAGGCUAAACCUCCGUACGACCGCAUUGAAGUUUCAAACAUCCUGGACGCCAACUACGUUGGGUUGAGCGACCUUUUAAGCGAUUGGGCUCCCCUUCUUGCUGACACAAGGACGGCAUCCAUCGUUGGCUACUUUAUGAAUUGGUUUUUUGCUCAAGAAGACGGGCGUGCUUCCAGUGCAGGGAAGGCCGCUAUUCAAAAUGUUAUCCGCAAGAUGGCGAAAGAGGAGAAGAUUCUCAGACAUAUCCAAGAAUUUGGUGACGAAACGAUGAUGUAUCUUAUAUCGUCCGACAUGGACGCAUUAUAUGAAAAUUCAAAACCCUUCGAGAAGUUUCUCAGGAAGCAAGGAAUAGAGAAUACGCUCCGACAGACGCAAUUGAAAUUGAGGGAAAGACAUACGAUUGUUCCACAUGUAUCCGUCCAUCCUUAA